GACUCACUGACAUUCGGGCUACUGCAACUUUUAAACACAGAUUAUCUUUCUGAGAGCCUACACAGCAUUAUUCUGCUUGUUUUAUCUUGCAGACACACACAUCCUUUUUUAAAAAAAAAACAAGUAAGUUAUACAAGCGAGGGGCAAACCGAUACACCGGCUGCUGAGAUGGCUCCUUUGAUGUUUAAAGAUGCCUUCUGGGGCUCGGACUUUACCUGUCACGCUGGGUACGAUGCCGUGAUCCAGAGGCUGCGUGACGGGAGGCAAAUGUGCAAAGAUAUGGAGGAGCUUGUAAAGAUGAGGGCACUUGCAGAGGAAAAGUAUGGGAAGGAACUGGUGACGAUUGCUCGCAAGGCUGGAGGACAAUCUGAGAUCAGCACUUUGAGAGCAUCCUUUGAACAGCUGAAAACACAAAUAGAGAACAUUGGGAACUUUCACAUCCAAUUAUCAGAUAUAUUGAAAGAGGAGGUGAAAAAGAUUGAGACUUUCCGAGAACGUCAAAAAGAGCAGAGGAAAAAGUUUGAAAGCAUCAUGGAGAAGGUCCAAAAGAAAAAGGUUACCCUGUUCAAGAAGACCAUGGAGUCUAAAAAGACCUAUGAGGUAAAGUGCAGAGAGGCUGACGAGGCAGAGUCAAGUGAGAGAACAAACGCCCAGGCCAAAAACGCUGAAAAGGUGCGCCACAGAGUCAAACAGUGCAGACAAGCUGCCAAUGAAGCAGAGAGGGUGUACAUGACCAACAUUGAUCAGCUCGAAACCGUUCGGCGAGACUGGGAAGAGACCCACAGAAGCACGUGUGAGGUCUUCCAGCAGCUUGAAGGAGACCGGAUCAACAUGCUCAGGUGUGCCCUCUGGGACCACUGCAACCAUUUCUCCUUGCGGUGUGUUAAGGAUGACGAGCUUUACGAGGAGGUGAGGAAGCUUCUGGAGCAGUGUGACAUCACCACGGACAACAAUUGUUUUGUAGAGAUGAAAAAGACGGGAUCGAAGCCACCAGAUCCCAUAGUGUUUGAAAGCUGCUACCCAGCUGGGACGGAGAGGAACAGCAACGGCCGUGCGUUUUUUUCCCAAGAAAACAUUACAAGAAGGAGCUCAGAUCCUCUGCUCAGAAGAUCUGUGAGCAUCAGUACUGAAAGUCCCACAAUUUCACGACCAAUCUCAGCCUCUGUUGCACAAGGUGAAAUGUCUGAUAAUGGAUAUGCACCACUUCCAUUAUUACACACAACCCCCGCAGAAGUACAGUUCUAUGUUGUGCUUUACAACUACACCGCACAGGAGCAAGAUGAACUAUCUGUGAACAGAGGGGACAUAGUUCAGGUCCUGGUGAAAGGAGAAGAUGGCUGGUGGACGGUGGAGAGGAACGGGUACAGCGGGCUGGUGCCGGGAAACUAUCUGGACAAAAUCUGAAUCUUGCAUAUCAACUCCAAGCUAAACUAUGCAGACAUUUUUUCCAUCAAUGAACACUUCUAGAUAGAUUUUCAGCCCUAACGUAAGUCUAAAAUAUGGCUAGUUAUGUUCCUAAAACUUGUUUCCUGGAUCAAAAAAGGAGGAAUGUCCCAGGCACCAUGUGCCUAUGGGAACAAUCUCUAAACACAAAGAACUGCACGCACAAAAACUUAUUUCUGUGACUAAUUUUGUUUUGCAGUCAAAUACAGUGAACAGUGCUCUUGGGGCCCUCAGGUCAGGACAGAACCUUAAAGAGCUGCAUAUUUCACACAUGCCUCUGGCCGGCUCUGUUCUUAAGUUUAGAUCUUUAGCCACAUCUUUAGGUUUCAAUGGUUAGAAGCCCUACAACUGUAAUCAAUCAUUCUAGGACUGUGUUACUCGAGGUGGCAGCAUGUCUGAGUAGCUCUGUUACUUUCAUUGUGAUAUAUUGUUUUAAACACAUUUAAUGUCUCCUUUUAUGGGUAAAAAUGGCUUUUUUUUUAUUAUUUCAUCUGUUACUGGAUUCUGUGCAAUAUCUUUUUUGCUGAUACCUUUUUACUUGUAAUUGGUUAGGAUGCAUUACCUGAGCAUCAAAGAUUUUUUUUUGUUUUGUUUUUACAACCGAGAGGAGCUGAUUAACAUCUCAAAAGCUCAAACAAUACUUCAACUACAGACCCAAAUCUCGGCUGAUUUAAAAAGAACGUGCUGUGGGUGCAAACCAGGAGCAAAGAGUAAAGAGAGAAGAAGAAAAGUUUCAAAUAGCUCUACCAUCCAUUAUGAUGGGUAAUGUGAGAUUGUUGGGAAAGAAAUAAGAUGAACUUGGAAAUCAGAUGAAGCCCUCACAAGGACUCGGCCAUGCAGUAUUGGUAAUGCAGUAUUAUGCAUGGCAUAUGCUGUGUAAUAAUAUCCCCAACUCCAACGUCUCUGUGCUGGGCUUUAUGAGCAAUCAAGCAGAAAGAGAUUUAAAGAGGAGCAGCAGAGGAGGUUGAUUAGCCGUGCAUGUGAUCAACAUGCACGGCUCAUCCAAGAGAUGUUACCAUAAUAUUUCAUCUGUGCGGCCUUGAUAUUGAACUGUUAGUGUUACAUUUCUGUCCACAUUAUCUACUCAUAGAGUUCACCAGUGUUGUUUUACAUUCCACCAUCUGCUGUUGCUGACACUGCAUAUGAUGUCAUCAGAUCAGUGGUUGCUAAGGUACAGACGCAACAUCCCAAUGUGUUUUAGGCAAUAUCCUGUGAUUUCAAUCCCACCUCACUCUCUGCUACACCAACUUUUCACGGUUUGUCAGCUGUUCUACAAGAAAAACUAAAACCUUGAAUUGGUUUUAUGCAGAUGUCAAGGAAUCAUAUAUUUCUAAAGAGAGACCUCUUCUAGGCAAAUCAGAUCAAUCAGAGUAUAAACCCCUUCUUCAAAAGCAACCUGUAAUGAAGAGAAUUGUGAGGAAAUGGAAGAUGAAGAAGCCCUGCAUGAUUGUUUUGAGUUUACAGACUGGGUUGCACUGCGCCAGCCACACAAAGAGGGUAUCAAUGGCAUAAUGGAGACUGUGACUCACUAUAUGAACUUCUGUGUGGAUAACACCAUCCCCCCAAACCAAAACAGGGAGAUGUUUCCCCAAUAAGAAACCCCGUAUCACCAGUGACCUGAAGGAACUGCUAAACAAGGAAUAAACAGCCUUCAGGUAGGGAGACAAGUAAGGUGUACAGGAAAUAAGAUGGAGACCAAAUUCUAGCAGAACAAUAUAAGAGAUGUGUGGUCAGGGAUGAAGAAGAUCACAGGCUUCAAGCAGAAGGAGGAUCGGAGGUCAGAUGGAAAUCUGGACAGAGCCAAUAAGCUUAACACAUUCUUCAAUAGGUUCAGUUCAGGAGCAAGCUUAGCACCAUCUUCUCAUGCCCACAACCAAACAGACAUCGCACCCUCCUUUGACCCAAAGCUUUCCUGUCACUGCUUACAUAUCGUACCGUCUACCUUGGCCAUGCACAUUUCUACUUUUACACGUUUGUCUUGAACCAAAUCCAAAAAUGCUGAUGCUCCCUUUGCCUCCCCCUUCCACCUGUAUGUCUCUAGAAGUCAUGUGAAGAGGCAGCUGAAGAGCCUGAAUCAGAAUAAGAAUGCUGAUGCAGAUGAUACCAUCAUACACCUGCUUCAACCACCCCAUCA